UCGAAGUAGAAGCUUUGUUCAUUAUUUCUUUUCUGUUUUAACCUGCAUUGUUCAAAAUGAGCCGUAACGGAAGAGUCAAAGUGUUUGUAAGGAUUCGUCCUACUUCCAAGUUCGCAGAAAAUAAUAURGAGCUUUUGCCAGAUGGAAAAUCAAUDAACAUUCACUGCAGCAAAGACCAGAGACGAGGGUACAUCAAUAAUCAGAUUUUGGACUGGGGAUUUUCACUUGACAGAGUAUUCCAUAAUGCCAGUCAGGACGUAGUUUAUGAAGAAUGUGCUAAGGAUAUACUUACAAGCACUCUAGCUGGAUACAAUGCGACAAUAAUGACUUACGGUCAGACAGGAGCCGGCAAGACUUUCACAAUGACCGGAUCAACUGAGCGAUUUGAACAUCGUGGAAUCAUUCCUCGUGCUAUUCAACAGCUAUUUCGAGAGAUAAGUGAAAAGCCAGAGACUGCUGUUACAGUGAGAGUUUCGUACAUGGAAAUCUACAAUGAGUGCAUGUARGAUUUACUAGCAACUCUUCCCGGUACGGUUCCCUUGGACCCAAGUAUGAUGAGUGUAACUGAAGAAAGUAACGGUGGUUUUACUAGAGUYAAAGGUCUUUCUAUCCACACAGCGAAUAACGAAGAAGAAGCYUUAAAUUUGCUUUUUGAAGGUGAAACYAACAGAAUCAUUGCCCAGCACUCACUGAAUAAACACUCUUCAAGYUCCCACUGCAUCUUCACACUUUACAUUGAAUCCCAUUCAAGAGUUGAGUCCAACACUAAUUUCACUUUGUCCAAGCUAAACCUUGUUGAUUUAGCUGGUUCAGAGAGACUUGGCAAGACCCAGUCYUAUGGWGAWACCCAGACAGAAGCGAUGUAUAUCAAUAAAUCACUGACAUUCCUUGAACAAGUGGUUAUAGCACUAGGUGAUCCUCAUCGUGAGCAUGUUCCAUAUAGACAGAGCAAGCUCACCCAUGUACUAAAGGACUCCCUAGGGGGCAGGAGUAAUAUGCUACUUAUUGCRAAUAUUUGGGGAGAAGCUGAACAGUUGGAAGAAACGCUCUCUACACUUCGUUUUGGGAGUCGUAUGAUGAUGGUACAGUGUGAGCCAGCCAUCAUGGAAUACUACGAUACCAACAAACUCUGCAAYGAAUAUGAAAAAGAAAUCAAGRUYCUACGAAAYGAACUCGCWAUGCAUGACACUCUUACUAACCGRAGCCAGAUAUCAUACGAACCUCUUUCUUACUCGCAAAUCGAGGAAGUCCGAGACCAGGUGAUGAGAUUCCUUGAUGGAGAAUUAAAUGACAUUGARRUGAUUAAUGUCAGGCAGAUACAGGAAACUUUUGCGCAGUUCAAGUCAAUCGUCAAGUCUCUUGAAACAGACAUGGAGGAAAAGCUUAAGCAAAAGUACAUUUUACAAGAGCGUGCUGAAACUGCUUCUGGGUCCGUAGCCAAGUCUGGCGGCAAAGGAGAAGGAGAAACAGGUACAGUUGGUGAAGUUGAUGCCAAGGGUUUUGGUGUUGGUGUGGCUAGCGGAGGCGUGAAACCAAAUGUUGCAGCGCUCGCGACGACAAAGCGAUCGAAAAGCCGAAAGAGCAGAGACAGUGCUGACCCAAAAUCAAGAGCAGGAACAAGACGAUCAGCCGGUCGCGAGAAGCCCGAGUCUCCCGCACCUUCAGAAGCAUCAGACAAAAGACUACCCACACCACCCCCCAAAGAUAACGCAUUUGAAGAAUUUAAAAAGGAAAGGGGGAGUGAAAUUAACCGAAUUUUGAAUGAGAACAAAGCAAUCCUAAAAGCAAAAAGACAGACGGCAAAGGACCUCUCUACAACUAUUAACAGCCUUAAACACGACAUGGACCAAGAAUCGAUGUUACUCAAUACUAAAACUGACGAAAGGUUGCGUGACGGACAAUUCGUUACUGAAAAUGGUCAGGUAGUCAUCGAUGAAGGAGAAUUCAAUCAUCUGAAAAAGCUUAAAGAACUCAAAGCAAAAUAUAGAGAAAAUUACGAGGAGCUGCAAAACACCAAAUCUGAAAUCAUGUACUGUGAGAAACUUGUCAAUCAAUGUCGUCAGAGGUUGCUAAGUGAGUUUGACAGCUGGUACACGGAGUCUUUCCUAGGCCCUGACGAACAGAUCACAAGCUCGGUACCAGGCGUGCGCAAGGUUUCRCAGGUAGGGUACGUUCCCGAAGAUGAGCAAGAGAAAUUUGACCAACUCCAGCUCGAGCUACUAAUGGAGCAACCCGAUUCAGUGCCGUAUUACAACGCUAAAAUGCAGACUGAAAGACGAAUCCARUUAUCUGCAAGUACGAGAAAYACAAAGAACAAACCKGGAUCUGUGGUGGCCACCAUUAGAAACAAACCUCCUUCUACAUUAACCGUUACAUAAGAACACAAAAAAGAAUUUGUUACCUCGAGUUUUAUCAUUAUUUUCAAUGUAAUAUUUGUAUAUAAAGGAUUAUUUUAGUACACAGAAUUUUAUAGUUUACGUUAAGUAUAAAUUUCACAGCACAAAUGCACUAGUUAUAAUGAAAUAUUUCCUUUGAUGUGAAAACUACAUACCAUGUCACAUYCUAAAUGGUUUUGUAAAGUUUGCUUAGUUCAACCUUUAUUCUUGGAAAUAAACAAGGCAUSUCUUCGAUAACCAUG